UGAAUGAUAAAUGACCGACGACCAUGAAGGCAUUCAAAAGACAAUUCUUAACGCCCAUUCCAUUUCCAUUCAAUUUAAUUUCAUGUCAAUAGAACAAACACUCGGUAGGCACUCUCUCUAAACCUUCUAGCAGCAUAGCAGCAAUAGCAAUGUUGGUGCUCAUCCUUUCCAUCUUCCUCUUCUUCCUCUUCUUAUUCAAAUUCGCCACCGCAUAUGCCGAUUUCACUUUGAUGUCAAAAAAGCACCCAAAACGUGAAUUGAUUGAAGAUAAGGUUUUUUGGAUUACUGGUGCCAGCCGUGGAAUUGGGGAAGUUCUAGCUCAACAGCUUGCAAGUUUAGGGGCCAAGUUAAUAAUCUCAGCAAGGAAUGAAGCUGACCUAAACCGAGUAAAGUUGCAGCUGAAAGGUAAGCAUGCACCUGACGGGAUCAAGAUUUUACCGUUGGAUUUAACGUCAGGAGAAGAUUCUCUUAGGAAGGUUGUCGAUGUAGCAGAAUCCCUUUUUCCGGAUUCUGGUGUUGAUUAUAUGAUUCAUAAUGCUGCGUAUGAGCGUCCGAAAUCAUCCGUCUUAGAUGUGACUGAGGAUAGUCUCAAGGCAAUCUUUGAUGUCAAUGUUCUGGGGACAAUAACUCUUACAAAGCUCCUGACACCUUUCAUGUUGAAGAGGGGUAAAGGUCAUUUUGUGGUGAUGAGUAGCGCAGCAGGAAAGACACCUGCGCCAGGUCAGGCUAUAUACUCGGCUUCUAAAUUUGCACUAAAUGGGUACUUCCAUUCAUUGCGUUCAGAGCUCUGUCAGAAAGGAAUCCAGGUAACUGUUGUCUGUCCUGGUCCUAUACAAACAGUAAAUAACGCUGGAUCGCAGGUCCCAUCUGAGAAGCGUGUGUCAGCGGAGAAGUGUGCCGAGUUGACGAUUAUUGCCGCAACCCAUGGCUUAAAGGAAGCUUGGAUAUCAUAUCAGCCUGUUCUUGUUGUCAUGUACCUUGUUCAGUACAUGCCAACUAUUGGUUAUUGGGUCAUGGACAAGGUUGGUAAAAGUCGAGUGGAGGCUGCUGCAGAGAAGGGAAGCACUUACUCUUUGAGUCUACUAUUUGGAAAAAAGAAGGCAGGAUGAUGUCUAUAGAUACAUGUUUUUCAACAGCAACAAAAAUGAAAUACAAUUUAUUUGGAGGUUAUUAUAUCAAACUGAGUAACACCCUUUCUGACAGUUGACAAAUUAUAACAUAUAAAGUAUCUACUUGAACAAUAAAAGAGUAAUAUGGUACCAUAAAAUUUCUGCCAUAGCUAAAUCCAAGUCAGUCAGACCUUGCAUUUGCAUGAGAGUAAUUCUAAAGGUGCAACAUGUGAUCUUCUCUAUGA